AUGGCGUUCACUGCUGGUCCUUUCCAUCCCCUUCGUGUUUUAAGGCCUGGCAAAGAUACAUGGAAAGUUAAGGUUCGUGUUCUUCGUCAGUGGGAGAUGUUUCCUGCUGGUGAGCCUUCUAAGCCAUAUGCGCUUAAUCUUGUCUUGAUUGAUUCAGAGGGUGUCAAAAUUGAGGCUUACAUUAAGAAGAACUAUCUUAGCAAGUUCAAGGGUGAAUUUUCAGAGGGUAAUGUGUACAAGAUAACUUAUUUUGAUGUUUCUGAGAACUCUGGCAUAUUUCGCGCCUCUGAACAUUUCUGCAAGAUAUUCUUCAAUCAUAGAACAAGAGUAGCGCAGGAACAUUCUGAUGUGAUUCCAAAUAUUUGUUUAUCACUCAAGAACUCUACUUACAUUGAUGCAACAAUGGGGGAAUCUGAUUUUCUCAUUGAUUUUAUUGGACUGGUUACUCAUGUUUUAAGGGAGAGGCAAUAUGUAAAAGAUGGGAGAGUCACAAGGAAGAUUGAGCUUGAUCUGAUUGAUGACAAGGGUAUGGUGAAAUGUGCCCUAUUUGGUAACUACGUUGACAUUGUUACUGAAUUUCUGGCUAUUGAUCGAAAUGGAUUUCCGGUGAUGGUUGUGCAGUUCGCUAAGAUAAAGUCAUUCAGGGGUGAUAUUGUUAUUCAAAAUGUGAUGAGAGGUACUAAACUUCUAUGGAAUCUUGAUAUUCCUGAAGUCGCAUCAUUUAGGAAUGGUUUGGCUGUGCAUGGAGUUGACUUGAAUGUUCCUCUUGGUGUAAUUGAUGGGGGUGUUCCAAUUGUUCCACUUGAAGAUGAGUUUGUAUUGAAAUGGAUUUAA